UUUCCACCCUGCAAGCGUCAAACUAGCCCCUUCGCACAUCUGCUCAACACCAAAGCGUGGCAAGGGACAGACCCCUCCGUUUUCUCCCCCGGUGAGCGCGGUGGCUGCGCCUUCCUGGACUAAACCACCUUUCUCGGCAGGGGGAGAAAGGAGAAAGGGUCUGGGCUCCCGGGAGGCAGCUGGAGGGAAAGAAGUGGCGUCUCCAGAUGGGCUGAGCAGACUCCCCCCGGGAGGGCGCGGGAGGAGGGAGCUGAGCGCUUGCAAGGCGCACCGAGCCAGCUGAGCCCUCGAAGUUACCUCGGCGGUCGCCUGCGCCGUCUUGCUUCCUCACCAGGAGGAGGAAGGCUAAAGAGGCGCCCGUGGGUGCUGCUGGUGGGCGAAUGGGCCUCUUGGGGGCACGCUGUUGAUGUCAGGGGUGGAGUCCAGCUGGAGCCCCUGAGCAGGGCGGCGGCAGCAGGAGGCGGCGGCUAUGGGACAGCGAAUGGGCACGGCGCUCCUACUCGUCGCGCUGGGGUACCUGCUCAGGUCACUGACUGCCGAAGCCCAGUGUGAAAACAUUUACCAAGAUUUAUCUGACUGCAUCUUAAAACUAGGAGAGAAUAUGGCCAUCUAUGAGGAAGAAGAGGAGGAGGAAGAUGAAAGGGACCAGAUGCAAGGACUGUAUGCCGUCUGCGGAUAUUGGGAAGAGUUUCACACCUGUGCCGUGGCUGCCCUUUGGGAGUGCCAGAGGGAGGCAGCAACUAUCUGGGAGAUGUUGAAAAAGGAAUCUAGGAAAAUCAAAUUCCAAGGCAGCCUUUUUGACCUCUGCGCCUCCAGCAACUCCCAGAAUUUCAGCUCCUUGCAGAUUCCAUCUAUUUCGCUGUUAAGCAUCACUUUGAUGGUCACGUGGCUUAAUUUAUAAAGGGAACCACUCUGCACAUAUGUACAUAUAUUUAUUUCCAGAUCUUUGAUAAAUACUGUUAGGGGUUUUGUGUUUGUUUAGUGAAUGCUUGGUUACAUUAUAAAUAUGGAGGGAAAUCCACUGCAUUUACCAGUGAUCUGGGUUGUCAAGAACAAGUCUGGCAAGUGUUCCAGUUUGACGUUGCCCACGAGAAGUUGCUUGUGAAUCUCAGCUUUAAACCACUGAACUUGGAGGAAAUGGCAGCACAAGCAAAGGGGCACAUACUUUCCUUAUUUUGGUCUGCUGUUUUGGAUGUUCUUUGAUAAAACUACCAAUCAAA